AUGUUUCUGAAGUUGGAACGUCCAGAUGACGCAUCAUGGCAACUCAAAACCAGACAUCCUCGACAUGAGGUUGCAGUUGCAUGGAAUCUCUCUGGAUUCCACGUAAUAAUCGCCUACAAUUUUACAAACGUUGGGAAGGAUACUGAGCAGGACGGCUGGCCCUUGGGAGCCGGGAUCCUUGCGUCGGGACCAAACUGCCACGCAAUUCCCGUAAGGCGUUUGUUCCGUAAGGGAAAUGGGGAUCAGACGGGUAGCGCAGGGGACACGGCGCAAUGGCAGGAAGAAACCAAUAGACAACGAAGAGACAGCAUGAGGGUGCGUGCCGUGUUGGUCUGA